AUUCCCAGCUUGAGCCUCAAGGGAAAGGACCGCACGUGCCCAUCCCAGCCUCUCUCUUUGGCUGCCCCGCCCAACGCCGUUGCUUGUCGGAACGCCGCCAGUGCAGGCCGCUUUUCACCUCAUUACUUGCAUCACUUUCCAACUUUCCCCACGGCGCUUCUCAAGCUUCUUCUCUCUUUGUCUGAAGUCUUUCUCCAAUUGAUUGUCAUUCUUUACUGUAGGUCGUGCGUUGCUUUUUUGCAAGUAUGAGAUUCGGUCAGCAGCUUCGAUCCUCCUUGCUCAAGGAUUGGUAUUAUUACUACAUCGCAUACGAUGACCUGAAAGCCCAGCUCAAGACCGACUUUGUGACUGCCCCUACAAAGACGAAUCCGAAGCCGAACAGGAAGCCAUGGACCGAAGACAAUGAGCGCAGAUUUGUUCGAGAGCUUGAGCAGGAGCUGGGCAAGGUCGCAGACUUUCAAGAGGUGAAGAGUAGGGAGAUUGUGCAGAGGAUAAAGGCUUCCGAGAAGGAAGUCAAUGAUGUCGUCUCCAGGGCGGAAAGGCAGGCUGCGGAUGAGCUGCGUGGUAGUCAAGUGGAUGCUCCUACAGAAGAGGACUUCUUGCUGCUGGAAGAAGACUUGAGUGAUAUCAUUGCGGACGUACAUGACCUUGCAAAGUUCGUGCAGUUGAAUUACACGGGUUUCCAGAAGAUUAUCAAGAAACACGAUAAACAAACUAGCUGGCACCUGAAGCCGGUCUUCGCUGCCAGACUAAAAGCAAAACCGUUUUUCAAGGACAACUACGAUGCAUUCAUUGUCAAGCUUUCGAAGCUAUAUGAUCUCGUCCGGACGCGUGGCAAUCCAGUCAAAGGAGACUCUUCAGCGGGCGGGAAGCAGCAGAAUUUCGUUCGCCAGACUACGAAGUACUGGGUCCACCCGGAUAACAUUACUGAAGUCAAGCUCAUUCUUAUGAAGCAUCUUCCCGUUCUCGUAUUCAAUGCCAACAAGGAGUGGGAUCCCAGUGACUCGGCCAUUUCAUCCAUCUAUUACGACAACACUGAUACCUGGGAAUUGUACAUGGGUCGCUUGAAGAAGACCGAGGGAGCAGAAGCAAUUCGUCUACGGUGGUACGGUGGGAUGAACGAGGACAACAUUUUUAUUGAACGAAAGACGCACCGAGAAGAUUGGACUGGAGAGAAAUCGGUCAAAGCUCGUUUCAAGCUCAAGGAGAAGAACGUCAAUGACUACCUUUCUGGGAAGCUGACGGUGGAAUCAAUCUUUGAGAAGGAUCGGAGAGAAGGAAAGAAGAGUGAGAAGGCGAUAGACGAGGAGGAACAGCUGGCCCGAGAGAUCCAAUAUCGAGUGAUCACACGGAGGCUUGUACCUGUUACUCGAUCAUUCUACCACCGUACAGCGUUCCAACUCCCCGGGGAUGCUCGCGUCCGUGUUUCGUUAGACUCAGAGCUUACCAUGAUCCGGGAGGACAACCUCGAUGGGAAGACCCGUGCUGGCAAGAAUUGGCGAAGACCUGAUGCUGGCAUCGACUUUCCAUUCAAAAAGGUCCCUCAAGAAGAUUUGGAACUCUUUCCGUACGCUGUUCUGGAAGUCAAGCUGCAGACUCAAGCUGGUCAGGAGCCACCACAAUGGAUCCGAGACUUGACAGCCUGUCAUCUCGUCGAGGCUGUACCCAAGUUCAGUAAAUUCAUCCACGGAACGGCAACUCUCAAUCCUAAUCGUAUCCACCUGAUCCCAUUCUGGAUGCCUCAGAUGGAUGUGGAUAUUCGUAAACCCAUCACCCAUAAGUUCGGAAUCGACCGUCCAGGCCAAUCGACCGAUAUCUCUACCAGUGGCAAUAUGGACCCUGAUUCAGAUGACGACGAUUUUGAAGACGAAGAGCCUCCCGUUGUGGAAGAGAAUGAAGAUCUCCGUCGCCUCCGUGCUGCCCGUGAUGCUUUGGAGCAACAUGAUCUCGAACAACGCCGCGACUACGGAACUGCCAGCAAUGGUGAAGUCAAUGGCGCCGCCGGCAACUCUCUUGACGUUGAAGAACGCAUUGCUGCAGCCCCUAAUACUGCGAAUGAUUACCCGCUCUACGACUCAGACGAUGAAGACGAGGAGCUUGCAAACCACGAACUUGAAGAAGCUCGCCGCGUCGGUGGCUUACACUACUACCAAACCAUCGCCAAGCAUCACAUCGUCAAUCUCGGCUCAAAGCUCUCGUCAAUGGGCAAGAAACUCAGCCCGCAUGGCUCCACCAUGCCUGUACAAACCACCCAACUCGGCAUCCCGAAGUACACGGGCGAGACGAAGCGCUUCAAAGCGCCCCCAGGCAAACGCAUCCAUGUCCCCGUUCGCAUCGAGCCGAAAGUCCAUCUCGCCACCGAGCGCACGUUCCUCGCAUGGCUCGAGUUCAGCAUCAUCCUCGCGUCGAUAGCGGCCGCGUUGCUCAAUUUCGGCGAUGGCCUGGCGCUGCUGAGUGCGUGGGCGUUUACGCUCGUUGCGGCGGCGGCAAUGUUGUAUAGCUUGGGCUUGUACCUGUGGAGAGUGCGCAUGACGCGGAAGAGGAGGGCGGUCAGUUAUCAUGACUGGUUUGGACCGAGUGUGCUUUGCUUUGGCUUGUUGGUUAGUGUGGCGGUGAGUUUCGGGUUGAGAGUGGGUGGUGGUGCGGGGAAUAAAGGGGGUUUGAAGGGGUAGAGGAAUAAGGAUUUUUUUCUUGGGUGUCGCGUGUUGGCUGCUUGGUUGGGAUGUACUUGUGUAGAGAAAGAGAGAGAGAGAGAGUGUGUGUGUGUGUGUGAGGGUGUGUGUGUGUGAGGGCGUGUGAGAGAGGACGUCCUUUGUGGGUUGUAUUCCGCGUCUGUAAAUUUUGAUGGUGUAUUGCUGCGGUGUGUAUAAGAUAAUCCGUAAUGGUAUUGUAUACAAUUCUCUGUGAUAGAAUCUAUACUUUUCAUGAA